AUGUCCUUGUCUCGCAGUCCAUCUCCCGUACCUGGCGGCGGUUGGGCCAGCCCAGGUCUCAACAUCGGCAGCGGUCGAUCGAGUCCAACCAGAGGAUACACAGGGGGGUCGAGCAGCGCAACGCCUGUCAUGUGGGAAUCAUCAAGACUAAAAAAGGCUGGCGGGUCCGGGUACCCUUCCUUUGCGACGCAGAACUCGGGCUUCCUGUCAAAACACAUGCGCAAGAUAUCGAGCAGCCUCCCCCGUUUCAACAGCUCCAGCAGCUCGCCCUAUUCCGAGAAAGAGAAGCUUGGCCGUGGUAGAUGGUCGGCUCAAAACGUACCGUUGCUGGGAAGAUUACGGGCUCUCAUGGGACGCAUGGGCCGGAAGAUGAAGAUACGGCUACUCAUUUUGCUUAUGCUUUUAUUUUGCAUCAUCGUAUUUUACAAUACUCCUUUGGUAUAUCACUGGAGAAGAACGUCAUGGCUUGGCGGCGGUCAAAAGUUUGUCAUCAUAUUGGCUGCCAACGUUGGUGGCGGUGUCAUGGAGUGGAAGGGAGCACGAGAAUGGGCGAUUGAGCGAGACUCGGUUAGGAACAAAAAGAAAUACGUGGGCAGAUGGGGAUACGAUCUGGAGAUUGUCGACAUGAGCACCAAGAAACGGUAUGCCCACGAAUGGCGCGAGAGUUGGGAGAAGGUGGAUUUCAUUCGCACAGCGCUCAGAAAGUACCCCAAGGCCGAAUGGAUCUGGUGGCUUGAUCUGAACACCUUCAUCAUGGAACCAAGCUAUUCACUCCAGGACCACAUCUUCGACAACCUUCACAAGCAUGUCUACCGUGACAUCAACGAAUACAACCCGCUCAACAUCACACACCCGAUGACGGACGAGUACCUCGACGCUGAUUCGCGAAGCCCCGUGGGUGAUGGCAACGUCAACUCGGUGAACUUGAUCCUGCCCCAGGACUGCUCUGGAUUCAACCUUGGCUCCUUCUUUGUUCGCCGGAGCCCGUGGACUGACCGGUUGCUGGAUGUCUGGUGGGAUCCUGUGGCAUACGAACAGAGGCACAUGGAGUGGGAGCAUAAGGAGCAGGAUGCGCUGGAGCAGCUGUACACUACUCAGCCCUGGAUCCGGAAGCACACUGGUUUCCUUCCGCAGCGCAUGAUCAACAGCUUCCCACCGGGGGCGUGCUCAGAGAACGGCAACGACACCCGGAUCCACUACGAUCAAAAGGACCGGGACUUUUUGGUCAACAUGGCUGGUUGCGAAUGGGGCCGCGACUGUUGGGGAGAAAUGUACAAUUACCGUGAGCUCAGCUACUGGCUCAACCGAAACCCCUGGGAGCUCUUCAAGGAGGAGUUUGUGGCUGUCAUUUGGUUCAAACUCACGGGCCAAAAGGUCAAACUUUAA